GAUAGGAAAGAGACAAGACUUAUUGCAGCGACAAGACGCGCUUAGCAUCUACCCCGGAACCGUUGUACGGUCCGAUUGGCUUGUGGACUAUGAUACUGGCUCGCUCUACUCUUGGUACAUCCUUCGAAUACACACAAACAUAUCGCCCGUGGUUAGACAAGGCACCAACCGGAACAUGAUGGAAGAAUGCACCCCGAAGCUGAUGCAAGACACCUAUAUAUUUGGCCUCAUGAGCACGAUUUGAGUACCACACUGGCUUCAACUACUUAAGCACUCUGAUAUCCUCAGUGUUACCAAGAUGAAGUCUGCAGCUCUCCUUGCCGCAGUAUGUGCGACCGCUGUGUUUGCGAAGCCAGAGCAGGUCGCGCCUAGGGCGCUAUUCACUAUUGAAGUCGCUCCUGGAGAGACUACCCAGAUCACAGAAGAAGAGAGAUGGGAACUUUCCGCUAGCGGCGGCUGCGGAAGCCAUUUCUUCGACAUCAGUGACUCCCAUGUCGCACCUCUCGCAGUCAGAGCAGGACCACCCUACCCCAAAAAGUUCAAAUACCAAGAAAACGUCAAACGACUUUUCCCGAAACUCAGUUGGGAUAACAUCAAAAAGAACUUAGAGUACUACUCUACCUUUCACACGCGUUUUUCCGAAACCGAAACCGGCGCCGAGGCUGCGCAGUGGCUUCUUGGUCAGGUUCAAGAUGUAGUAUUGAAGUCUGGAAAGAAGGGCGUUACUGCCGAAGCCUUCCCACACGCACGAUGGCCGCAAAACUCUGUCGUUGCGCGUGUCCAAGGACGAAGCAAUAGGACUGUAGUUGUGGGUGCUCAUCUCGACUCUAUCAACUCAGCAGACCGAAUGAAUGGACGUGCGCCAGGUGUCGAUGAUGACGGUAGCGGAUCGUUCCUUAUCCUAGAAGCUCUCCGCGUAUUGCUAAGCGACAAAGACUUCGGUCCAAGCAAGCUGCAAAACUCCAUCGAGUUCCACUGGUACGCGGCGGAGGAGGGAGGACUGCGUGGUAGUCAAGACAUCUUCACGCAAUAUGCGGCUGCCGGCAGGGAUAUCUGGGCCAUGUUACAGCAGGAUAUGGUUGGAUACACAAAGGGUACUCUUAACGCUGGAAAGCCAGAGAGCUUUGGUCUUAUCACCGAUUUCACGGAUCCGGCGCUUAACGAGUACAUCACUCGCGUCAUCAAGGAGUACACCGACAUCGCAUAUGUCAACAGCACAUGUGGAUACGCGUGUUCCGAUCAUGGCUCUGCCAUGAGGAGUGGCUUCCCCGCGUCGUUCGUCUUCGAAUCUGCUUUUGAGUACCGAAACCCUUACAUCCACACUGCCAAUGACACCAUGGAACACAUGGAUCCCGACCACGUAAUUCAACAUGGCCAGCUCGUCUUGGGAUACAUAUAUGAGCUUGGAUUCAGUAAGCAUGACUUGUAGGUAGUAUCAGCGAUGAAUCAAUACGCUUUCAUCAAGAUGUAAUCAAAAGAUG